CACGUAUGAACAGGACAUCAUUAUAUAUAAAUAGCUACUACACUAUAUAUAAUGAAAAGGCUGUGUUUAAAAAAAUCUCAAUUUCAAUUUUUCACUUUCCACCCCCAAAAUUGAUUAAUAAAUAGGCUAUAAAGCGAUUAACCAAAACAGGGAAAGAAAAUGUACACGAGGCUUUUUUUCCCCCUCAAAACAGAAGUAAAUCGUAGCUAUUUAUCUAAAAGAAGAAGAAAAAACGAUUGCUUAUGGUGCAAGAUGGUCUAUAAUAAGACUUCCCACUUUUCGUUUUAAUUAAAUUAUCGAGCGCGUUCGCGUACGGACAUUUUUUUUCCUUCUCCGAGAUUCUGAAAGGUGGUCAUAAAUUUCUUUCAAGGACUUAACUUAAAGUAAGUAUGAGGUGGGCUGGCAGAUGCGGAAUCGAGCGAAUGGAGUUUAGUGGGAGGAGCCUGAGAAAGGUACCGCUCCUUCAGCAUCCUUCCCAAAGAGCAUCCUAAGAAGCUCCUGACUUGCAAUGAAUGGGACGCAAGUAUGCCGCCUGAAACAAGUUAACAGACACCAUUAACGGCACUUUCCUCUUAAUAAAAUACGCCGGGACUAUGAAUCUGGAUAAACCCUUUGAGACACCCGAGGGCUCGACAAAGAGUAAGACAUUUUGAGGGAACUGGGAAAAGUGUCAGUGAGUGGAUUUUCAUCCUUCUUCACUGAAUUCUAUAACUUUGAGGAUGCCGGUUUUGAAAAGGGAACAAGCAAGAGACACGGGAGAUCCAAGUGGCCUUCCGAAGCUCCCAGUGCCCCCUUUGCAACAAACACUGGACAUGUACCUGAAGUGCAUGAGACACCUCAUACCAGAGGAGCAGUUCAGAAAAACAAAGGCUAUUGUAGAGAAAUUUGGAGCACCUGGUGGAACGGGAGAAAUUCUUCAGAAAAAGUUACUGGAGAGAAGCAAUCUUAAGGCCAACUGGGUGUAUGACUACUGGCUCGAAGACAUGUAUCUGAGCAACAGAUUAGCACUACCUGUCAACUCCAGUCCUGUUAUGGUCUUUCCUAAGCAGAACUUCAGGUGUCAAAGUGACGUCCUCAGAUUUGCUGCCCAUCUCAUUUCUGGCAUAUUAGAGUAUAAAUCUCUUAUUGAUGGACGUGCCCUCCCUGUAGACUAUGCUCGAGGGCAGCUGGCCGGGACACCCCUGUGUAUGGAUCAGUACAACAAGGUCUUCACCUCCUACCGUCUGCCAGGGCCAAAAACUGACACUUUAGUGGCUCAGAAGAGCACGGUUAUGCCUGAGCCCGAACAUAUAAUAGUGGCUUGUAAGAAUCAGUUUUUUGUUCUCGACGUGGUGAUAAACUUUCGUCGAUUGAAUGAAAAAGACCUUUACACUCAGCUGGAGCGAAUCAGAAAGAUGGCAGACAAUGAAGAGGAGUGUCUGCCUCCUAUCGGUCUGCUCACAUCAGACGGCAGAACUCAGUGGGCCGAGGCUCGCAGCGUACUGAUCAAAGAUUCUACCAACAGGGACUCUCUAGACAUGAUUGAACGCUGUCUGUGUCUGGUGUGUUUGGACGAGCCGUCUGGCAUUGAACUGACUGAUACUAACCGAGCUUCGCUGAUGCUCCACGGAGGGGGCAUGGAAAAAAACGGGGGCAACCGCUGGUACGACAAGCCCAUGCAGUUUGUGAUAGGUGCAGACGGAUGCUGCGGCGUUGUAUGUGAACACUCCCCUUUUGAGGGAAUAGUGCUGGUGCAAUGUUCAGAGUAUCUACUGAGAUACAUGAGAGGAAGCCCUUCUAAACUGGUGAGAGCAGCCAGCAUGAGUGAGCUUCCUGCCCCCAGACGACUGCGCUGGAAAUGCUCGCCAGAUAUCCAAACGCUCCUCACGUCCUCAGCAGAUAAAUUACAGAGACUUGUGAAAAAUCUGGACAUGAAUGUCAACAAAUUCACUGGUUAUGGCAAAGAGUUCAUCAAGAGACAGAAAAUGAGCCCAGAUGCUUAUGUUCAAGUUGCCCUCCAGUUUGCAUUUUACAGAUGUCAUGGACGUCUAGUGCCCACCUAUGAAAGUGCAUCAAUACGCCGCUUUCAAGAGGGACGAGUUGACAACAUUCGCUCUUCCACACCUGAGGCCUUUGCAUUUGUGAAAGCUAUGGCCAAUAGCUCUAAAAUCACUGAUGCUGAGAAAAUGGAGAUGCUUUGGACUGCCAUUAAAGCCCAAACCAAUUAUACAAUUCUAGCAAUCACUGGGAUGGCAAUAGACAAUCACUUGUUGGGGCUGCGAGAGAUUGCCAAGGAGCUAAAACUCGAAAAGCCAGAGCUGUUUUCUGAUACAACCUAUACCACCAGCAUCCAGUUCAUUCUCUCUACAAGCCAGGUUCCUACCACUGAGGAGAUGUUCUGCUGCUAUGGUCCUGUUGUCCCUAACGGCUACGGAGCCUGUUACAAUCCUCAGACGGACCACAUCAUCUUCUGUGUGUCAAGCUUCCGUGACAGUGCUGAGACCAGCUCAGAUUUGUUUGUGAAGAAUCUUGAGGGAUGCCUGAAGGAAAUGCAAGAUCUAUGCCAAAAAUGCAACACUGAAGCUAAACCAGCUGAUUCCACAGAAAGGAUGGAGGGAACUCCCAAGGUAAUGAAGAAUGGAAGCAAGUCAUAGCAAAAAGCUAAAAUGUUUAAAUUGCAUGGAAGAUGCAGGAAGAAACCAAUGUGACUGUACAAAGAGUAAACAUUUCAGGAGAAAAUCAUAGUCUCAAAAAUAUAGCAAGGAUCAUGGACUGAUUUAGUGAAUACAUUUGAUAUCUAAAAGAAUUGAAGUAGGCAUUCCCCUUGGGUAUUUCCUCUUUUUGAGGAAAAAAUUGCCACAUAUUAUGACCAACAGAAGUGGCAUAUAAAUUCUAUGGAGCUGUAGUCGCUUGACAAUAGUGCUAAGUAGAUCUAUUUAGGUGUUGUGCAUUAUUUGGCCUAUGAGAGCAUACAGAUUAAAAAAGGAGCAGAUGAAGCUCAGAUUCACAGUAGCCCCUGCCUUGGUCUGUCUCCAAGAAUCCUACCCAGUUUUUUAGUCUGUCUAAGGGCAAGCUCACACUACACGACUGUAUGACUACCUGAAUUGCUGUGUUGCUCACACUACACAAUAAGGUUUUUGUCAUCUGUCAUCAUCUUGUCAUAUCAGCGCACAUACUAUCCAACACAACGAUGACGAGAUGCAUAAACUACAAGACAUUUGGUCAAGAGGCAGUCCCGAUCAACAGCGAAAAAAGUUCUCUCACAAACAUUCACAUGAGAAAUUCACGCAAGCGAAUUUUUUCUGUUUAUACCACCUGCACUGUGAUUGGCUGGAUUAGUUACACUUUGUCGUUGCAUUGCACACACUACAAGAUCACGUGGCGAUAUAUGAAACAGGUUUGAAAAUAUUGCAGCGUCUGUGAUUGCUCGAGACCAGUGUUGGGGAUAACGCAUUACAAGUAACGCGAGUUAUGUAAUCAGAUUACUUUUGUCAAGUAACUAGUAAAGUAACGCAUUACUUUUAAAUUUACAACAAAAUAUCUGAGUUAAUUUUUCAAAUAAGUAAUGCAAGUUACUUUGCUUUUCCAUUUAUUGACUGACAGCUCUUUUGUCCCCAUGUUGAAACUGUAAGAGCAGAGGUGUUGUGUGCGCUGUGUAAACAUGUUGGUUAUUCUCAACUAGUUUAAGGCCCGUUCAAGAACGAUAAAGAUAACGAUAAAGAUAUAGUUCUAAAAAUCGUUCUAAAUAUAAAAGUAGCAGUCCACACCACAGCUAUAAUGAUAACGAUAUAGAGAAACAAUAUCGUUGGGAUCACUUUCAGAACUAUUUUUUCCCCAGCUGUCAGUGUUGUCAGUGUUUGAACGAUAAAACACUGACAGCCAAUCAGAAACCAUUCUAAUUCAAGGGCUCGCGCAUUUAAAUGGAAAACGACAUUAUGGAGAAGUUAAUAGCCGAGGUCCAGAAAAAGCCACCGCUGUUUGACAAGAUAAAAAAUGAGAUCAUAAUGCCAGGUUAGCAAACAGUGUAAUAUAAAAUUACCUCAGGUAUCCAGCACUGGUUUCAACAACACUGUCUUGAUUCCUUUGAAGUUGCAGUGAAAAACACUAGCUGUUGUUUUUAUUCCACUACUGACUUUCUCAGGUAAAUUCACUGUUCGAUUAGAUCGAAUGUACUAGCUAUUCAUUCGAAACAUAGCAUGCUGAGGACAUCUGCUGGUUAAAGCUGUGUAAAUUUAACAAGAACAUGUUGUACACAUUUUAAAACUUCAGCGAGUGAGCUUAGAAUAAACAGACCGUUAUCGUUCGUUGGUGUGAACGCAAAUAGUUAUCGUUCUUUGUGUGAAUGGGCCUUAGACUAAAUGUGAGCAUACUUUUACUCAUUUACUUCUCCUGCGUCCUAUUCUAUUUAUUUAAGCUGCGCCCUCUACUGUACAGGCGUGAAUUUGCAUUUUCUUCAGCCUGAGCUGUAUUCAUUUCACUUUUGGUGUGAAAGGGCCUUUACAUUUUCCAAAAA